AUGAUCAAUACGAGUCAACAUGGUCAAUCUGCGUCCUCUGUCAUUUCCCUCAUUCAGGAACAAAGCGACCCUAUCUUGUUAUCUUUUCUUACCGAAACAGACCAGAAUCUUGUUAUGGCAGAGCAGAGUGCCCGAGAUGUGGUAAAGGAAGCACAGUCGAUGGGCAGCUCUAUGCCCAUCGACGACAUUGCGAAACCAACCAACACCACCACCGCCGAUGACAACGGCCCGAAAUCACCGAACUCUGCAAUCUGCGUGACGAAGGAAGCUGCAGAAAUAGAUAGGCAAGCUGUAAGUUGUCUGUUGGAACACGAAAGUCGACCUGUUAAUGAUGGGACGACCCUGCAGACAACGUUCAGCGAUAAUGACGAUCAAAAACCAGCGGCAAAUCAGUCUGACAUUGUCAUUCCAAACGGUACUGGGUCAGAACAACUCACAACGGAAGAAGCUCAGCAACAAAACGCAGCGGCAGAGGCGAGUGGAGGAUCUGACACUGAUACCAGAGGCCAUGUACGCACAGGCUCAGUAAAGAAACCUACCUUUUUUAAGACCUCAUCGGUUACCAAGAACUUUCUUGCAAAGACGGCCAGCUCUACCCCACCAGUUCCGGGAAGUAAAGCAGCCUCAGUACCGAGCCAAGGAGUUUCACCAACCCAAGCGAUUGCUAAACCAAGACUUGUCGCAAAAUCGGGCAGUGGAAUUGGGAACAUUCCGCGAUCAGGGCUGGCUAAGCCGAACGGAGCAAGUGGAGGACCUGAUGCAAGCAAAGUCUGGAACAAAAAUCAGCCAAUACCUCCUCCACCACCUAAGCAAUUUACGGACGAGGAACUAAAACAGCAAUAUGGAAUCCAUAUGGCGACACGUCUCCAGGCCGAUGACCCGUCGAAAGAUCAGUCAAAGUGGGCAGAUAUUGAUGAUGACGAAGAUGACUGGGUUCCCGAGACCGUGGAGUGGAUGGAUGGUACUAAAUCCGCAGUAGCAGCAACAGACAACGCUGCUCCACCCCUUGAACAGUUGAGGCCUCCAGUAAAAAAGCAGGAGCCACCAGUCGAGACUGCUGAACCCGUUCAGCCCAUCCAGCCAGCUCUGCCAGUCCAGCCAGCUCAACCAGCUCAACCAGCUCAAGAACCUUCGGUGGCUUCUGCAGCUCCCCCGGUGCAAAGACCAACAUCUACUGGUGGUGCCAAAACCAUACUAAAACCGGGAAUAGCAGUCCAAAACACACAGUUCAGGCCUGGCGUGGUAUUGAAAGGGGUACCAGAAAAGACCGGUCUAGUAGCAAAACCCGCCGCUCCUACGCCUCCUAAAUCACCGUGGGCAUCUCUUCCACCGGUCGAGAGAGUUCCUCCUGUGCAGAUCAAUCCGCCAGUUCAACAGCCUUCACAGUCACGAUUCGCACAACGAGAUUCUCACGGAUUCGACGCACUGCCACCGAUGCCACCGCCUGCAGCAAAGGAAAUCGCAGCGGAUGACUUCAGCCGGAACUGGAGAGAGGAAAGAGGGACAAAAGAGCUAUUCAACUCCCAGUCGGGUCGGUAUGAGCCGGUGAACGAUGCCCGGCGUGGCUCUUUCCGUGAUUCCUCUCAUCGCCAGCCCUCUGUCCUUCAACGACCCAAUCAUGGUCCAGGUGCAGGUCAUGCUGAGCCCUCCGCAGCCUUUCAAACAUCACGUUCAGGACCAGAUGCUGGACCUUGGACUCGACGUCGUACUUCCUCCAACGUUAGUGGCGGUAGUGGUAGUCGUCGCAUGUCUUUCGGUCGACCGCAAGAUGGCCACCCAUUCGCUGUCGAGUUACCUCCGCCUCGGGAAGUUCCGCCUGCAGCCGGCAUAGACAACACAGGCUCCAUUGAGUCACACCGUGCGAGCAUUCACCUACAGCAGAAGCAGUCGAAUGAGUCUGGGGCCGCUACCCAGCAAACUUGGGCUCAGCGACCUUCACCUGCUGCAAGCCAUGCCCAGCCCAUGUCGCCCUUCGGCUCAGUUGACUCGUCAGUUCCGGCAGAGAGCCUAAGUGCCUCUACACCAGGACCAGAUCCUGUGAUAGUUCAGCAGCAGGUGAUGAAGGAUAAUAUCGAGCGAGCGAGAGAGGCGAAGCGUCGUAGAGACGAAGAAGAGGCGAAAGCAGAAGCAGCGAAGAAGGAACGCAUUCAAAAGCUCAUGGCUCGACUUGAGGAGAAGAAAUCAAGCGAUAGUGCUGCAGUCAAUGCCUUACCGUCACCGCCCAAGCCGCCCGUACCUACGACGGACGGUGAGGUAACACAAUAUGGUAUGAUCAAGGUUCACUCGUCGCAUACGGUCAAGAGAGCAAGUCCGCCUAUUCACACAACCGCGCCCGGGCCAGGUUCUGCUAUUGUCACAGAUGGCAGGGACGCUGCUGUGCACAGACCCUCGGUUCGCGGAAACAACAACAGUGUGCCUGCACCGUCACCUGGAGUCACGUCAACAACCAACUCUGCCUCUGUCUCUGCUUCUGCCUCUGUAUCUUCCCCGCACCGUGAGCAAGUGAACAACUCACCCUCGGCGAACAACGUCAUCUCAGAGGCUGGGCCCAAUCAUACGCAAAAACCCGACUCCCAACCACCUCGCUCGACGCACAUUUCUCCGUCUGCUCCUCAAGACCAAUCUUGGAAACCCCCUCAGCCUGCACCUGACGCCUUUCAACCUUGGGGCUCAAAUUUGCAGUCUCAGUCUCUCUCUUCAUCAAGCGUGUGGGGUCCUCCUCCAUCGAAAGACAAACCUCUCGGCAACGGUACCUUCGAUACAAGCUACGGUCGAGCUUCUUCACAUCAGAACAACGCUCAAGGCUCGCAAGUCGGUCCUGGACCAAUUGCACCACCAACAAAGAUUUCGCCUGGACCGUCACAAACUGUACCUCAACACGCACACAGCCAAGAUCAACAGCGCGGGUUCGCUGUUCCUGACAUUCGUCUUCCUCCAGUAGCACCAAUUGGAGCUGCUUCACCGAACCAAGGAUACUCACAGACAAGUCAGCCAGGCCCAAUCGCACCUCCUACUCGCAACAUGCCGGGAAUGCAACAGCCACUAUAUACGGUCGGAGACUGGACAUCACUUGCGGGUAAUCCUGCAGCGCAUGACACUGGUCUGAUUGCAAAGCGCAAUGCGGUGGUGCACCAAGCCACCGGCGGGCCUCGAAGAAUUGAAGAGACAUUCAGACGCACAGCGCCAGGUUCGACUGUGGGUGAGCGAAGAGUGGUGCAGACUGAGCAGUAUUUGCACGACAACAACAACAAGACUGUCGUUGAGCGGGAUCAAGCUCAGGAUCGUACUGAGAGCCUUGUCCAGCAGUCUUCUGGCCCACCUCAAGUCAAUAUGCCCCUCGUAGGCGGUCAUAAUUCGGUUCACAUGGGUCCAACCGUUCAGAACCAAAUGAACAAACCUUCCCGCUUCUUCCCACAAGGUCCCAGGAACCUGCAGCAGUCGUCGGCUGUGCCUAAUGGUCUCAUCCCCGGGGUUGACACUGACUCACCUCCACCGCCGGACACAGUGAGCACCGGACAUCCUGUAUUCGACAGCGAUCCGUCCCAUCCUAAGGUCAAUCUUCCUACUCCAAAAGCCAUAGUCAAGUUGCCUCCAGCCGUGAGCUCACCACAGCCGUCAGUCGUGAUGCCGGUCAGGCCCCAGGGUCCUGCGCGGCUUGGAUCGCAACCGAUCGCAUCUUCCGAAGCAUGGCAAGAUAGGUUCAACGGUCUCUUCGGACGCGUUGGCAGGAACCCGCCACAGUUGAAGCCAGCCUCACCAGAUCCACCAGCAGCUGUUGUCAGUAGCUCCUCCAAAACAACUUUUGAUGUCACACCCCAGCAAUUGUCUGCAACGGUGUCACUGCCAUCCAAGGACACUUCCGAGAAGGCUAGCCCGCACGCAAUCUUCGCGCUUGACAGCAGUACCAGUCCGACUACUCGAGUUUCUGCCUCUGAAGCGCUCAUGGAAGAACGCGAGUUCGGGUCUCUACCUCCCGUGCACUUUGGUAAGCCAGAGUAUGAGAACUCGGCCAAGUCGGACUUUCCGUUAAACUGGAAUCCUCAGAACUCCCGUACAGGACGAGUUGAACCAACAUCUAUGCCUAUGUUGCCCUUCUAUGAUGAACGUAUCCGGGGAGAAGUUGUGCUUCACGUUGCUAUACCAAACAGCAAGCGUGGUGCCACCACUAAGGUAAUGCCUCGUAAUUACAAUUGCGACAAUGGCAAGCCGAGAAAAGGUUCGGGUUAUCAAGGCACGAAGCCGAAGCGAAACUCAGCGCGCGGAGACAAUGCGAACUCUACCAACUCAAAUCCAACCGCACGCAAACCUUCCAACCAUCAUCACCCUCAUCAAGGAGGGCCUAUAGGAGCAACGCGCCCUGUGACGAGAUGGAACAGCGAUGGCAACAACAGCAGUCGCAGCGCAUCAUCUUCCUGGACUAAGCGUCCGGCACCAGCCGCUGUUCAUUAA